AUCACGAACAGAAAAACUAGUCACCAGACAGGACCCGACUCAGACUGCCGGGAUCGUUACAUACUUACCUGUUAUACUUAUACUAUUACAAUCAUUGUCAUAAAUGUAUUACACCUAUACUAUUACAUUGUCACAAAGUAAUUAUUCAUGAGUUAACUCACUUUUUUCUCCCACUUUGUACAACAGCAAUCGACUUGGGUGAGUAGGCUAUUUGUUAUUAUUGUAUAGUAAAAAAUAAAAAUAGCUAGUAGGCCUAUAGUCUACAUACAUAGGGCCUCCUAGGCCUAUGCAUCAUGCUCAUGUUUUAAUGUAGCUGGUACAGUACACAUACAGACAUAGAUCACACUCAGAUGGCCUACACACCAGCUCAAUGUUUGCAGUCCCCAUCAGCAUGUUUGCAGUCCUCAUCCCACUCCCUCUACUUUUUAGACAUCAUUCAGGAGUUGAUCUCUGCAGACAAAGGGUUUCCCUGUCAGGCCCAGUCUCGUUUCUGCCUCCCCGGACCUCCUCAUCCCCCUGUAGACACUGACCUCCAGGCCCAGAACCACAGGGCCAUGUCCAGACAGACCCCCUCCUCGACGCCCCCAGUACUGGUGCCAAGGGGCACGACCUCCAGACCGCCCUGCUUCUUCCCUCAGCCCAAGCACCACUCUAGCACCAGAGAUAUGGCAGCACCUCAACCCGCUCGUGGGGUCUCUCACUCGGGCUCAAACCGACGAGGACGUGGGUCCUCUGGUUUACGGACUUCCAGGGGGCCAGAUGGUCCCUCUCGACAGGCCCAGACAGACACAGAUCUGCUGGAGCAGAUCCUGGAGAGGCCCACCCUGGCCGUGGUGGAGCAGCCCAAGGAGAGAGGCAUGAGGUUCCGUUAUGAGUGUGAGGGCCGCUCGGCUGGGAGCAUCCUAGGGGCCUCCAGUGGGGACUCCAACAAGACCCUGCCUGCUAUAGAGCUCCAGGGUCCCAUUCAGCACAUAAAGAAAGUGAUGGUCACUGUUUCCCUGGUGACCAAAGACUACCCGUACCGCCCACACCCCCACUGCCUUGUGGGUAAAGACUGUGCUGAUGGUACCGGAAUCUGUGUCGUCUGCUUAAACCCCCACAGCAACCGACGUCACAGUUUCGCUAACCUGGGCAUCCAGUGUGUAAGGCGGAAGGAGCUGGAUGCCUCACUAGAGAAGAGACGGAAUCAGAAGAUCGACCCCUUUAAAACAGGCCACUCUAAAAGCAUAGAGGACAUGGACAUGAACGUGGUGCGGCUGUGUUUCCAGUGUGAGCUGGAGUGGGAGGAUGGAAAGAGGGACUUCCUGAACCCCAUAGUGUCCAACCCUGUCUAUGACAAGAAGGCGACCACCACAUCUGAGUUGAAGAUUAACCGUCUGAACAUUGUUAAAGGGCCAUGCACCGGUAAGACUGAGAUCUACAUGCUCUGCGACAAAGUCCAGAAAGACGACGUUGAGAUCAUCUUCAAGCGGGGGUCUUGGGAGGCCAAGGCGGAGUUUGCCCAGACGGACGUCCACCGGCAGAUUGCUAUCGUGUUCAAGACCCCGUCCUACCAGGAACAGGACGUGGGGGAGGAAGUGGAAGUAAACGUCUUCCUGCGUCGUCUCUCUGACCACAUGGACAGUGACCCCGUCACGUUUACCUACCAGCCCGACAACCCAGAUCCAUAUGAAUUGAAGCGGAAGAGGAAGAUCAAGACAGACAUCAGCUUCACAGAAAGUUCCUGUGUGGCAGCUCAGAAUGUGGCUGCAGCUGAAGCCUCCACCUCCCAGCCAUUCGAGCCGUUCACCUUCCCCCCAGCAGAGAGCCAGCUGGUCCCAGAAGAGUUGCACCCUCCUGCCCAGUCUGGGGCCUCCACCAUGGGGGAGAUCCACUACAGUGAUCCCCAGGAGGACAACUUCUUCAAUGUGUGCAUGAGCCCAGAGGACAUCAGUAUGCUCUCUCAAAUUCUGGAGCCCCUGUUCCAUGUCCCUGCCCUCCUUGGCUUUGACCAGGGGCUCAACUCCAACUUCCCCCCAGGCGGCAUGGACAUGAACUUGAACCUCAACCAGGGUGGGUCUGGGCAGGACUUGGGCUACUAUAACGACCUGCAGUUCAACCAGAUGGUCAACGAGAAUCAGGCCUCUCUGAUGGACCUCCUCCCACUGUCACUCCCCGACUCCGUCCCCCAGGACCAGGGCCAGUGUGAUAACGAGGGGUAUGCUUUGGUCCAGGUGAAGACAGAGGGGGACCUAUGAGGGCAAAACGUACCCCCUUAAGACUGAAUGUGGCUUGAACACAGCCCCUGAACUUUAAGGGGCUUUUGUUGUGUUGCUCCUCAAACUAGAAGUUUAGUGUGUGUAAAGUCCUAACUCUGCCCUGUGACAGUCCUCUCACCCAAACAAAGUACAGUAUGAGAGUUUGGACACACACUGGUAAUUUUCAGUAGCUGAAGCACCUUGUACCCUAAUGGUGUGGUUACCCCUUGCCCCCAAAGGCCUCGCUGGACGAGGCUAUAAUCCAGACCCCUGUCCCCCCUUCCCAAACACGACUACUACCAGACCCUAAAAGGAUACGUUUCAAAAUGUCUGCCCAGACCCAAGCCUCUGAGUGUACUGUGUUGCCUUCACCAUGCUGCUAACGUUAGGCUAAGGCUAAUAGCCGUGAUCAGCACAGCACUCACAGAUGACAUGUAGCAUUUGCAUGUAGCUUUAACGCCUCAGGGGGGACCAGAGUGAUACUGGUGGAGGCGAGUUGCCCUUCCACUAGGCUAACCAUGGAUGUUAAAAAACGAUUCCUACCUACCCAUUGUCAUUACUACCUGUGGUGAUUAGGGGACCAUGCAGUGCUCUGACCAAAUACAAAAUGGACACUCAAACUCAACUCUUGUCUGCCUUGUCAGUUUUACUUGUCAGGCUCCGUCCUUGCUGUGUAUAUAUUGUGGCUGAGGCAGACAUCCACAAGGACCUACAGGAAAUCCCUGAUUUGAGGAUUCAACUGAAGGAAAGCAUAACUAAGGGACUCGAUUCGAUCCGUAUCGCAGAUGUUCAAAGCUAUAGUGCGAUUUGAAAUGUAAAGGUAAUUUCCAGUUGAGCCGACACAUGCACCAUUUACCGUGAAUACAGUCUCUGCGAAUGCGGCGUCAUUGCUUUAAAUUUAUAUCGCGCUGUAGCGCGGAUCUUCGGUGCUACAGAUUGAAUCGAGCCCUAAGCAUUUAACUGUUGGUGCAAGACAACCUGAAAACGACCCCUCUGUGGAGAAAUUGUUAAAUAAAAGGGACCAUCUACAAAUGCUGUUUAUUUUUCACUUUCCAUAUGUGAUAUAUUAUUUGUUGUAUAGUCAAAGUUAUUGUCUUUUGACUGGUAUCUGUAGUUUUUGAAUGUUGACAUUAGUUUUAACCUCUGGCUCACCUGUUGACUCUGUUCAUUGUAAUAACCAAUCUCCAUGUACAGUAGAAACGACCAUAGUCCAAUGCACUGUCCAUCUGUAGUUCGUCGUGUUAAACAUGUUCAGAUUCUUAACAGAUUCACAGCUUCUUUGUAUACUGUAUGCUAGACUCCACCCUUCACACUGUAGAGUUUUGAUUGUUGUCAUUAGUAUUUCAAAAAUAAAGUGAUUGCAAGUCUUCA